GAGAGGGUGUGUUUUUGUAUCACUGCAGCAUCAGCACACACAGGCCACAAUCAGUUUGAUAGAGAGGAAGAAUUGCAAGACUCCACAUCGGGGAGAAGGAGGGAGGGGGAAAAAACGCAACCAGAGCGAGGAAAGAACCCCGUGGCCAUCUUAGACCUGUAAAGACAUCGUACAAGAGAGAGCUGGAGUGAAGGCAGAGAGAGAGUGAGGGAGUCCCUGGACUGCUUGUGGUGCUCUUGACUUUGAUGAGGAGACAGCAGGAGGGCGUGGACCUGUGAGUGAGCGUGCGAGAGAGAGAGAGAGAGAGAGAGAGAGAGAGGAGCCAGUGAGGAAGAGAGAAGCUGCGAGGGAGUAUAAACAGGACUGGUGAAACAGAAGGACGAGAGAGAGAGAGAAGGGAGUUGCCCGUCAGCGUGUGGGCUGCUGUCCUUGCAGUGUGUGAGCCUGGAAGCAGGUGCACCUUUGAUGGGACAGUGAGCAAUGCCUACCACGUCACAACAGCAGGUGGGCAGCAGGGGGCGCAGCAUGCCUUCCCCACUCCCUCUCCUCUGUGCCCUCCUCCUCCACCUGACCCUCGCUCCAACACCAGCCCAUGCUGCCAUCCACAUUCCAGACAACUACCACAUGAAAGAACUAAAGAAACCCCCAGUAAUCACUGUCCAACCAGUGUCCAUCACUGCCUUCUCUUCUGAUGACAUCAUCCUGAACUGUGAGGCCACUGGGAAUCCCCCUCCCACGUUUCGAUGGGUGAAAGAUGGAGUGGAAUUUGACCUGUCUAGUGUCUCUGCCAUGCUGGUUUCUCCUGAUUCUGGCAGCUUCACGGCUAAAGAUGGACCCAUCCACCAUUUCCAGGGCAACUACAGCUGCUUUGCCUCCAACGAGCUGGGCACAGCUGUGUCCAACGAGGCUCAGAUUUUCACUGAAGACAUUCCUGCUAUACAGAAGGAGAAGAAAGUGAAGAAGACAGUGGAAGAGGGAAGUCCUGUGGUUCUACACUGCAACCCUCCAGAAAGUUCUGUCACUCCCCUCAUCCACUGGAUGGACAAGAGGCUUCGGCACAUCCAGCAGAGUGAGCGUGUGACUCAGGGCCGCGAUGGAAACCUCUACUUCUCGCACGUGACCACAGAGGACAGCAGGAGUGAUUACACCUGCAAUGUCCAGUUCCUGGGUGCCCGCAUCAUUGUUGCCAAAGAGCCAAUCAUCUUGAAUGUCAUUGCCUCUAACUCAGUGGUGCGGAACAGACGGCCACAGAUGAUGAGACCUACCGGUACCCACAGUUCCUAUCUGGUGCUCAGAGGCCAGAGCCUUGAUCUGGAGUGUAUCGUCCAGGGCCUCCCUACUCCCUCCAUCAAGUGGGUGCGGAAGGAUGGAGUACUGCCUCAGUCUCGUACCAGAGAGAGUUUUGACAGACUGCUGCGUUUUAACAACAUCUUGGAGAGUGAUGAUGGGGAGUACCAGUGCACCGCCACCAACACGCAGGGCACCACCACACACACCUACACCGUCACUGUGGAAGCUGCUCCAUAUUGGAUUAAAGAACCAGAGAGUGAACUGUAUGCCCCUGGAGAGACAGUGAAAUUGGACUGUCAAGCAGAUGGUAUCCCAACUCCCAAAGUCACCUGGAGCAUCAAUGGAAACGCUCUAUCAGAUAUAGACCCAGAUAGCAGGCGUACUGUGACGGGAGGCACCCUUAUACUGAAAGACGUGGAGAUCAGUGACACUGCAGUGUAUCAGUGCAAAGCCUCCAAUGUACACGGCACCAUCCUUGUCAACACCUACGUCUUUGUCAUUGAGCUUCCUCCACAGAUCCUGACGGAGGACAGUUUAAUGUACAGAGUAACAGAGGGACAGACUGCUGAGCUACUGUGCAAGACAUUUGGUUCCCCCCGGCCCAAGGUCACAUGGGAGGGCGAGUCUUGGGACUCAGUGUUGACUAACCCCAGGAUGACUGUGCUGAGCAAUGGCACGUUGGAGAUCAGCGAUACGUCCCACAACGACACAGGCCUGUACACCUGCUCAGUAGAUGAAGCCAAAAUCACCAUCUCUGCUGAGCUGGAAGUGCUCAACAGGACAGUGAUUGUGGACCCGCCCCGUGACCUGCACGUCCAGAAGGGGAAGUCGGCCACCUUUACUUGCCAGUACCAGGUAGAUAGCAAUCUGGGCAUGCCUCAGAUCCUGUGGAGGAGAAGCAAGAAGAAGUUGAACGAGUUCUCUGAUGGAGACAAGUACGUGAUUGAUGGCUCAGAGCUCAUUGUGAAUAACGUUCAGGAGGAGGACGAGGGCGUUUAUACCUGUGAGGUCAUGACGAGUCUGGACGUGGCCAAAGCUAGUGGCUCCAUCACUGUAGUUGAUCGGCCAGAUGCACCAACCCAGCUACAGCUCACUGAGCCAAGAGAACGUUCGAUCUCACUCUCCUGGACACCUGGCGAUGACCACAAAAGCCCUGUAUUAGAGUAUGUGGUGGAGUUUGAGGAGACUGACAGGGAAGGCUGGGAGGAGCUUGCUCGUGUUUCUGGAAACACUCGACUCACUACUGUCCCACUGAGACCCUUCCUCUCCUACCGAUUCCGGGUCAUCGCCAUCAACAGCAUUGGCAAGAGUGACCCCGGCCAGCCCUCCAGAAGCUAUUCCACACCUGCAUCUCGGCCAGACAGUAACCCUGAAGGAGUGCGCAGCGAGUCCGUAGACCCGGGCACUCUUGUCAUCACAUGGAACGACAUGGACAGGAGGAGUUUCAACGGGCCAGGUUUCCACUAUAAGGUGAUGUGGAGAAAGGUUUUAGGCAGUGGGCCAUCUUGGAAUUCCAACCUUACCUCCUCGCCACCCUUCGUCGUCGCUGACGUGGGUGAUUUCACUGCUUUUGACAUCAAAGUUCAGGCUGUUAAUGAUCUGGGAGAGGGACCAGACCCCAAAUCCACCAUCGGCUACUCCGGAGAGGACUAUCCGGAGGAUUCUCCACUGAAUGUGGGGGUGAUUCUGGUAAACAGCACAGACAUCAGGGUAAACUGGGCCCCGGUAGACAGGGAGACUGUGAAAGGGCAUCUAAUGGGCUACAAGAUCCACCUGCAGAACUUCGGCACCUGUGGCAAACACCACCACUGGCAGGAGGGUGCUCAGCCAGUGAGUGAGGUUGUCGUGACGACAGGGGCUAAUGAGGAGAAGAAGGAUCUGGGAGGUCUGCAGCCAUACUCCUGUUACUCUAUCUCUGUCAGUGUCUUCAACAACAAAGGAGACGGACCCCAGUCAGAGGGCCGCACCUUCCAGACGCCCGAGGGGGUUCCUGGUCCUCCCACCUCUCUGGAGCUGAUCAGCCCCUCAGAGAAGGAGAUGACUCUGCGCUGGACUCCGCCUGCUCAACCCAACGGAAUACUCACUGGAUACUUACUGGAGUACCAUCAGCUUGAUACUGAGAAUAGGCCCAUGCAAAGGGAGAGUAUUGAUGACCCUAAAGUGUCUCAGCUGAGCCUUAAAGAGCUCGACCCUCGCAGUCGUUACCGUUUCUACCUGCGGGGGCGCACUGCAGCUGGAAACGGCUUGCCCAUCACUAAAGAGGGAGCCACAACGCUGGAUGGAGCUCCACCUGGCAACAUCACUUUGUCUGUUGGAGAGACUUCAGUCAACCUAACCUGGGUUUCUCACGAGAGACAGAGGAAUGUGGGCUUCCACAUUAAUUACCAAAAGAAGAACGAUCGAGGGAGCUGGAAGCAGUCGGAGAAAGUGAACUCCACUCAGUCAUUCUACUCCCUGCAGGGCCUCCAGCCUGGCUCCCCAUACCGCCUGCACCUUGUCUCCAGCAAUGGCACCUUCUGGGAGACUGAAAUACUGACUGCAGGGGCAGAACCAAUGGAGGUACGGAGUGGUUUUGCUACCGAAGGCUGGUUCAUCGGGCUCAUCAGCGCCCUCGUGCUGUUGCUUCUCAUAUUGCUCAUUCUCUGCUUUAUCAAGCGGAGCAAGGGUGGCAAGUACUCAGUUAAAGACAAAGAGGAGGGUCAUGUGGACUCAGAGGCUCGGCCGAUGAAGGAUGAGACGUUUGGGGAGUACAGAUCUCUAGAGAGUGAUAAUGAGGAGAAGCGGACGGCCAGUCAGCCGUCUCUGUGUGAGGACAGUAAGCUGUGUAGCGACGGCGCUCUGGACUAUGGCAACAGCAACAGCGUCCAGACGGAGGUGAUCAUGGAUGACUCUCUGGCCAGUCAGUACAGCGGAGUUAGAGAAGAGCCCGAGGCGGACCCCCAGGACAGCUCCCUCCUUAACCCUGCCUCCAUCGGCCCCACCAACCACGGCCUGCCCAACUCCGCCGCUAUCCUAGACUAGCAGGGCAGGUCAGGCCUCAAAUCAGAACCAGAUUCACAUACGUGCCCACUAACUCAUAUCUAAGUGACUGACCAAACAAUCAAUAUGCGCAGAACACCGUAAAAACAAACACUGAAACCUGAUGCCAAGUAAUGAAACACCACAUACACUGCUGGGACUGACCUUAGACAUAAUCGGACCAACCAGUGCACUUCGAGCACAGCUGGAGGGAAUUACUACACUAGACUAGAUUGACUGAAGUGAUGCAGUGAAUUGACUUGAUUUAAAUGUUCACAUCAUUUUCACAUGAAUACAAUAUGUCACAUCAACACAAUUAACUGGCUGAAGCAAGUCAACAGACAAUAUAACUAGACCUGUCAUUAUAAUGACAUUUUAGCUGAUGAUUAAUUGCCAUAAAUAAUUGCAAAUAACAAUUUACUUAUUAUAUUUUUGUUCAUUUUAUGCAACUACUAAAAUACAAGACUGGCUGAUUAGCUAUUUUGCUUGCUAGCUGUCAAUACUUAGUAGCUCCCAUCUGAAGACAGAAACUCUGAAGGUGUUACAGCACCAGUCAGAAAUUAGAACCUAUGUUUCUUUUAUGACUUGUUUUCUGCUUUCUUUUAUUUACCUGUAUUUCCCUCAUCCCAACUAAAAACGCACCCAUUUCGCAUUCUGUUUGCUGUGAUAUAAACAUAUGAUUGUGAAAGCUAAUAACUGCUGAAAAUAACUGCAGUCAUGAAUGACUGCAUUCCAAUAUAUUAAAUGAUUCCAAUAUAAUAAUAAUAUAAUAAUAAAAUUCCAAUUUUAAUGUACUUGUCUUAAACCCAAAGCACUACAAAACAAUGGAUAAAACAAUAUCAUAAUCAGACAAGUGUGUAAUUGUGACAGGCUUAAAUAUAACACUUUGUUGAUGUAAUAUAUUGUAUUCAUGUGGAAAUUUCUGUACAUUCACAUUUUAAUCAGGUAAAGUCAGUGCAUCACCUUUUUUAGUGUAGGCUGACGUCCAUCUGUGUAGGGACUGCCGAGUAAACUGUUUACAGAUAAUUUUGCAAUACAUCCUUUCAUAGUAGCUUAUACAGUAUCUAUACAAACGUGACAGCAAACGGCAUCCCAGGUUUCCCGCCUGUAAAACGUACUUACAGAAGACUGAAAAAUAGUGCAAUGAAUUUACUGAUUUAGAUGUGUACAUCAGUUUCACGUGAAUAAAAUAUCACUGCCAUUGAGAGAAUCUCCGAAAAUCUCCAAAAUGGUAACUUUUCAGGAGAAAGAACAGACACUCUGGCGACACUUUAUUUUGAGUGGUCCUUUUAGAUGAAACAGUCACUCAACAGACUCUCAGUAACGUCAAAAACAUAUGAGGGUCACGUUUUGGGUUGAGGAUAAGGUUAGGGUUAGGAUUAGGGCCAGGGUUAGGUUUAGGUUUUGGGUUGAGGUUGAGGUUAAGGUUAGGUUUAGGUUUUGGGUAAUACUGGGUAAGAUCAGGUUUUGCGUAAUGGAAGUAACAUAUUAACUAUACAUCUACUUAAUGUAAGUAAAGUUAUCAACAGAACAUCUACAAGAUAUUUACUUCAGUGUAUUUAGAUGCUGCACUACUGCUACUUCACUGAUAUGUUGUUGAUGUGUUACUGAUAAUCUGUUAAGAGUUUAUUAAUCAUCUACAAAGGACAGCUCCAAAUAAAGUGUUACGAACACUCUUAAUGUAAAAAAAAAGUUUCAAUGUAAGAUUUUAUUCCAAAUCAUUUUGGACCGUUUCGAUUGGCCCAUUCAUCAUGAAACUUUCACAGAAUUUAAGAGGCACCUGGUGUUUUCAAGACAAAAUACGGCUUGUGAAGUGAAUAUUAUAUCAAUCCUAUUUUGUCUUUUACUUAACAUACUUUUGCAAUAAUUGUUGAUGUAAUGAACAAUUGACGUAUUUAAUUCCUGCAGAUAUAGUAUACAUGUCAAGUAAAUUCAGUGCAUUCCUUUUUUCAGUUUUUGAGUGCAAAUGACUUAAAAUCGUGACAAUUUAAACACGAUAUAAACAGACAUGCAGACACCCCAUGGUUAAUGCCAAAUAUAGAAGAGAGUGGGCAGCAAAGAAGGAGAAGAGCAGGGAGAAUUGAGGGCCUUAAAAAUCCUGAUCAGUGCAUCAUGCAAGCAUAUGCACGGCGCACGCUGCGUAUGGAUUGCAUAGAUAGCUAUUUAUUAUAUAUAGGUGUGUUCCAUUUCAUCGUGUUUUCAUUGUGCUUUUAUUUUCAGUUUUUUAUUUUUUUUUUUUACUUAAGUCAUUCUACAUCAUGUUAUCUUAUGUUUCUCAUAACUUAUGUGUGGUUUGUUACUGAGUUAAGCCAAGCUACAUACUGUAAAUAUAUAAGAUGCAAUGAUACGUUGAGAUGAGGUGCUUUAUAUCGAGCUGUAUAUAGUCGCAUCUAGCAUUUAGCCAUUUACAGUAUUAGAAAGCUCUCCAUUGGUCCCUGUGCCUGUCCACUUAACAUCACCUUCAUCUCCUUUCUCACCUCACCAUCAUCUUCAGGUACAAUGUUCUCAUAUUUCUGUAGCUGUCUGUGUGUGUUUGUCUCUUUUAUUGUACUUUAUUGUAGUGUAUUAAACUGUGUAUACUGAUAAAGCCUCUCUUGCAGUCCUGUUGGUGUAAAGCCAUAUGAAUACACACUUCCAAUGUGUAAAAGGUUCUAAGGUGGUGUUGAGUUUGAUGGGGUUGUGAGAGAGUAGCCUACACCACACACUUACAUAAACACGUACACACACACACACACACACACACACACACAGUGAUGUGUAAAAGUCAGAGAACGCUCUUCAUUUAUUUAAUUAUCAGUCAAAACAUUACUUUUUUUUUAAAUGAUUCGUUUUUCAGUGACAGGAAAAAACACAGAACAUAUUUAACAGAAAAUUAAGCUGGGGUGUCAAACUUAACAAGGGCCAUAUUAGAAAAUCUCAAAAAAUCUGUGGGCCAGAAAAAAAUAUGUUUUUAUUUCAUUUUUAAUAAAUGUUGUGCUGUAACCCAAACCGGCCACUGUUUACUCAAAAUAGACAAUAACUAAAACAGUAAACUUGUUGAAGUCCUUAAAAUAUUACAUGAAUAAAUGAAAUAUUCAAAAUUUGAAUGUCCCAAGGUGCUCGGUCUUCUAAACCUACCUAUCUCCUUAAACUAGGCACCUGGCAUCCUUUCUGUGGUGCAAGUUCAUUAAUACGUGGGCUCAAUUUUUCGAGCUGCUGAGCUAAUGUUAAGGGUUUAUACCGGUUGAAAUGCAGCUAAUGUGUUUAGUGAUAUGAUGUGGAAUUGUGUAGAACUAAAGUGUAAAUGCUGUCCCAUAGAUUGUUGUUGUGGUAGGAGAGUCAGAGUGCACUUUAUGUUGCAGUGCAUGCUGGGGACUGUAGUGCAGCGCAUUGUGAAACAGGCUAUUAUUAAUAGAAAAUUAAAAUACCUUUGUGGGCCGGAUAGGAUUGUGUCGUGGGCCUGAUCAGGCCCACAGGCCUUGUGUUUGACACAUGGGGUUUAAAGAUUGGAGGAUGGAAGAGCUGAAGUGUAGUAGGGUGCACAAAAGUGAAGCUAUCAAACUGAUCAUACUUAGUUGUUGAGGCUUCUGUACAAUUUUCUAUUAAAUAGUAAACGCUAAAAACAAACUUGUACUUAAUAAUUUUGGCGUUAAAUGAAAUAAAUAGAUGGUGUUCUCUGAGCUUUGCACAAUACUGUGAACAUUGACAAUGUUGGUUCCGUUAUGUAAAACACAAUCAUAUAUGUGCUUAUCGCGGAGAAUGUAUGCUUUGUUGGGGUGGGAAUUUUGAUUCCAUGCCAAUAUACCAAAUAGCAUUUGUUCCUGUUUCGCUGUGUGCUUUGUUCUAAGUUUUUGAUGAGCAGUGUUAUGUGGAAAUAAAUGAAAAGAACAACAUUAUGCGGCGUUCGCUAAAAGAAGAUCUGAGGCAAAUCCUGUUAUUGUGGAGAAAUUGAGAGGAGGCUGGGGGGAGGUGGAGGUGGGAGGGGAACUCUUGAUUUUUAUUUGAAUGUAAAUAAAACCCAAACGAUUGUUUUGUUAUGGCA